AUGGAAAGUGUGCGUGAGCUGAUCCCUCUGGCCAAGGAGGUGAUGGCACAGAAGUCCCGAGGGAAACUGGUGAAGCUGUACGUGCUGGGCAGCGUGCUGGCACUCUUCAGUGUGGUCCUCGGCCUGGUGGAGACCGUGUGCAGUCCUUUCUCAGCUGCCGGCCAUCUGCGCGACCAGGAGGCUGCCGUGGCCGAGCUACGGGAAGCUUGUGAGCAACAGUCCCUCCACAAGCAAGCACUGAUAGGUAGAGGCAAGGCACAGGAGGCGACCCAGUGCAACCGGGCCCUGUCCCUCAGACAGCAUGCUUCCUAA